ACGAUCAAAACAGGUGAUAGUGCAAAUAGAUAAAUUAAGAUAAAACUAAAAAAGAAAUACGAAUUUUUUAAGUGUUUCUGUCUAUGGGACUAUAAUUAAACAUGGCGAAUAGCAACUCUAGCGCGGUAUUUUUCUUAGGCACCAGGGCUCACUAUCAGGUCUUAGACCCAGAGACCUAUGACAGUGGAAACACUUCCACAGAGACGUUGUGUCAAAAUGAUGAACUGUGGAAGGACCAGGAUAACGAGAGCCCCAGUUGUAAUCAAACUGGCUUGUGCUACGGGUCUGAUAUAAAUGUAAACUUCGACACAGGCGUGAAGAAAAGAUUGAACAGGCAUGUGAAUGAAUCAGUUCCUGACAUUGAACCUGCUCUUUUGAAUGGGUCACAAGAGAGUGAACUUGAGAAAGACAAACCCCGUCGCAAGUUCCUCUCUUUUCUAACAUCUCUCACACGGCGUAAGAGACGGAGUAAUGUGCAGUACCUGCAGCACUUGGAGAACGUUCUGACCACAUGCACCUUUAGGGAGAGUUGCAGAUGCCUGGAUUGUCAGAGCCGCUACUUCGAUUAUGACAGCGAACCCGAAGAUGUAUCUGAAGAAGACUAUGCGUAUUCAUACUCGGUUCAAGAUCAAUCUCAAGUCAUGGCUGAUGAUGACUCCGAAGAUGAGGUUUUUUUAGCAUACAACGGGGAUAACACGUCCACAGAUUUACUCAUAGACGAUCCAGAGACAAUCACGUCAGUGUCAAGUUCCAGUGAAGAGCCUGAAGAGAAGCAAACCCAACUGGAAGUGGCUGCAAGCACUUCCGCCGUUCUAAAUGUUUUAUUAUUUCAUCCUGCUUGUAUUGUGCAAUAAAAUUAAUUUUGCGUUUAUUUAUUUAUCGCACGUCGCGAAUUAGGGCCAAGUUAAACGGCGGGUGUCGGCCACCCGGAAGGCAGCUUUGCAAAUUCUCAAAUUCGUUCUCGCUGGUUAAAAAAUAUCGAAUCGGAAGCUAGAAUAAUAGUGUAGUCAGCCGCUAUAAAAUAUUAAAAGAAGGAAUUCAAAAAUCGUCACAGUAACUAAUAAAUUCUGUGCAAAUUUAACAAGGGAUGUGAUUUUUUUUAAAUAUUAUUGAAGUUAGUAGAGUGCUUCUUGACGUGUUAGGCGCUACUCCCAGCGGAGCCUGCCUAUACAUAUUAAACUGAGUCUAUUGGGUUGUGCUCGCAAAAAAUGUCUCGCCGCUUUUUAAGUCGUCGAGUAGUUUCUCGUAUAGUUAGCGAUCCUGCUAGCUGAUUGGGGUGCUUUUGAAGUCUUAGUUUGUACUUAUACCCAUGUGUUCCUCUUUUACCAUGGGCAUAUUAAGAAAUUUAUGGACUUAUGUUGUUUUGGUCCAUUAGGUGUUUGAUAUUUGCUUGAGUACGUAAUUCUGAGCUCUUUGUAUAAUUAUUAUAUUUAAGCACCAGUAAAUCCGCAAAGCUGUAUUCCAUAUGUCCACAUUGGACAUAAUUGCGAUAGUAAUGUUUCUAACGUUUUUAAUAUUGUGAAAUUUUGGCGCCUCCACUCUACGUCUUUGAGUAGAUUGCUCUUCUCUGUUGAUUAUUUUCCAUCUGUGAUAGACUUGUCAUAUCUAGGGUAGCUCUAUGGCAGGUACCAGCUCUCAACGAAGGACGCCUUCAAAUUUGCCGCAAAGUGCAGCGCUACUUUGUUAUUCUAUGGAAUUAGACAGCCCUACACCCUGGCUUGAGGUUGAGGAUGAGAGUCGUCCAGCGAUUUGUGACUCGAGGUCCCAAGUACAGCAAUAAAAUUGAAGAGAAAAAGUCAUGGGAAGAAAUAUGCAACAAAUUUAUUGAGAAUUUUACAAACAAAACCAAGUGAAGAAAAUAAGUAUAUUUUUAACACAAUUACCUAUUUUAUAUUUUCAUUUAUUGCCAUGACAAUUCGCUUCUGGGCGAACAGAGCAGUGUUUCUGCGUCAGGGUCCAUCGUAAAAAUAUGUACCAGACAUUCUCAAACUUAGCGGCAAAUUUGAAGGCGCCCAUAAACCGGUCGUGCUAACUCCGAAAUGUUCUUAGAAGUCGUUCAAAUCCAAGCAUCGUGUAAAGUAUGAACAAGGUUAAUAAAUAAUAAAAUUUAGGUAUUAAUAAACUAUUAUGAUAAAUAUAUUUUAUAUAUUCGACGCUUACAGAGGCCGAUGUAGUAUUAAGGUCAUAGCUUAGUACUGUUUCUAUGAAAGUCCCUACUGCAACGCACACUAAUCGGCAUCGGAACGUCAUCGCUUGAGCCGGGUUUCCACCGCGAGCGGAACGGACCCAUUAAGGACUCGGUCUAACUCGCCUCGGAACAGGCUCCGAAGUGGGAUGCGGUGCGCGGUCAACUUGCAGUUUCCCUGUCCCCUCCCGCGACAUUUCUGCCAAAAGCGAGCAGGAAGCGCGCUGUUGCCUAGCCGUAACCGAGUUGACGCAAAAGAGCUACCGUACUACCAAAGCGUAGGUACCUACUUUGGAUACGUGAAUAAUAUGUGACGAUCCCUUUCCGUGUUGAUGUGUGCUUUGACCUUAAAGGAAACGGAACACCGUACGAACCGUAUUUCAAUUUCAUCAGCAUCACCAUGAUGGGUGGAUGUCUUGCUCGGUCCGCUUCUCAAGAAUCAGCAAACUGUGUACUAUGCAAUUGACUUCGACAGUCUUCCCUGGGAGGUGCGACGUCCAACUUUUAUAGAAAUAGUAUACUCCCCUCCUAAAUCUACUAUAAAAUAAAAUAAAAAAACACUCAAUUGCGACACGGGUCCCCCAGUUUGUGCUUUUAGAAUUUAUUAUUAAAUAUAAGUAUUGUAACAUUUGAAACAGCCUGGAAAAGUCGGAUGCUUCUCAGAUGGAAAUUGUGAAUGUAACAUUGCGUUAAAUAGAAGGAAAACUAAAAAGGUGUUUUUAGUAUCGUGAUUGGUGAUGGAUUGGUAAUGACAAUUGACGGCAUUAAUGCGCUUUAAAUAGUACCUAAACUGUCUUGUUUUGUCGAGAAAUACGUAUAUGUAACUGUUUAUUAGUUAUUAAUAGUUUAAUAAACAAUUUAUUAAAACUGGUAACGUCAUUUGUCUACGUCUCAAAUAUCCUGGGAAAAUGUAAAACAACAUUGUUUUACAUACAUUAUUAUUUUCUCAAUAGAAAUAAAAAAAAUAUUGUUUAAAGGAAUUUAUAAGUCACUACAUGGUAUAAAAC